AUGCGCUCUCUCGCGACAGCCUUCAGUCGCCGCCUCGUCGGCCCUCAAGCAUCGGCUCUCUCGCUUCGAGGAGGCGCGGGAGCGCGACUCGGCUUCGGACGUCCACCCGCUUCCGAGCUACCAGAGAGCGAUGAGCUGACGUGGUACGACGGCACGCCCAACCCUGAGACGGCUACAGACACCAUCCUGCCGAACCUGCCGUCUACCACGGCGCUGCAGUGGCUAGCAGCAGGGCUGUCAGUGCUUGCCCUCGUGGGUCUUGCUGCAGUUACCACGGCACUGCAGUGGCUAGCAGCAGGACUCUCAGUGUUUGCCCUGGUGGGUCUUGCUGCAGUGGUCAACGACAAGCCCUCGCGAAUCCCCUGGGCCCCCCGUGAGUUCCCGUACGACGACGGUCUUCCCGAGUGCACCAAAGACAAGCUGCCCGCCUGA